AGUAUUUCAUAUUGUGAUCUAGAAACUUCAAUUAUGUAUUUUCUAUUAUUACUUCUUACUGUUGCAUCUUCGCAAGCUUUGAAUUGUACAAUAAGCUCAGUCAAUGACAUAUCUUCGGUUGUAGAACAAUGUACGAAUAUAACUAUUGGUAAUCUUGAGGUUCCAGAUGGUCAAGUCCUGGAAUUCAACUUAAAGAUGAAUUCUGAGAUUAAUUUCGUGGGGCAUGUUAAAUUUGGAGUAUCCUAUCAGGAUCAAACUCCUUUGUUGAGGGUAACUGGAACUGAUAUUGCAAUUAUUGGCGGCUCGGGUCAUGUGCUCGAUGGACAGGGUGGAAAAUAUUGGGAUGGAAAAGGCAUAAAUAGUGAGAAGAGAAAACCCGUUUUAUUAGAAAUUCAAGGGGAGUCCGCAACAAUCCUAGAUUUGAAUAUAUCAAAUUGUCCACAAACUUGUAUUAGAGUUUUCAAAAGUAGGAACAUUUACAUUAAAAACACCACCAUUGAUGUUUCAGAUGGAAAUUAUGAAGAUUUGGGUGUAGAUACUCAUGGUAUUGCAAUAGCGAAUUCGUCAUAUGUUACCGUCAGAUCUGCAGAUAUCAAUAAUCAAGGUGAUUGCGUUGUAGUAAACCAAGGAUAUAAAAUUGAUGUCGGCGAAGUCACUUGUAACGGAUCUCUAGGACUUACAGUACGUCCUGAAUGGGAAUUAGCUAAUUAUAUCAAUAACGUCAAUUUCACAAAUUGUACAAUCAAAGAAAGUCAAACUGGUAUAAAAGUGGUAACAUCCCCUCAUCAGGCUAGUGGAGUCAUUUCGAACGUCAUAUAUGAAGAUAUACAAGUCGAAGGUAUACUUUUUAGAGGUAUUGAAGUACGUCAAGAUCUCGAUGACGACGGACAUCCAUCCGAUAAUGUAGAAAUAAGUAAACUCAACAUUUCUAGGGUCAACGGUACUAUGACAACCAAAUAUGUAAGAUCGGUUUACAUUUGGUGCGGAACUGAUGCUUGUGCUGACUGGACUUGGUCAGACAUAGAAAUACGAAACGCACAAGUGGAAAACGCUUGUAAUUGUAUACCCAUGGGCUGGUCUUGUUGGUAGAAAAAAUUCAUCUAAUGUUGUAUAAGGAAAAUAGAUUGUGAACUAAUAAAUUGAAUCUUUUACUACACCUA